AUUUCUCUCAUCUGUAACAAGAGGCAGAGAAGCGGAUAGAAGAAGAAGAGGAAGAAGGAGAAGGAUACAGUAAGAGAGAGAGCUUCAAUGGACGCCGCUGCGGUGGCUCGUUUGGGGAGCACGAGAUCAGGAAACUCUUCCAUUUGGAAAGCCGAUGAAAUCUUUUCAAGAUCGGCGCACGAAGAAGAUGACGAGGAAGCCCUAAAAUGGGCUGCUCUCGAGAAGCUCCCUACCUACAACAGGUUGAGGAAAGGCUUACUCACCAUGGCGGAAGGAGGGGGGAAGGAGAUUGAUAUAGAAAACCUAGGAUUUCAAGAGAGGAAGGAGUUGUUGGAGAGGCUGGUGAGAGUUGCGGAGGAGGAUAAUGAGAAGUUUCUGAUGAAGCUUAGAGACAGAAUGGAUAGGGUUGGGAUUGAGCUUCCAACCAUUGAGGUGCGGUAUGAGCAUCUCAGUAUUGAAGCGGAGGCAUAUGUGGGUGAUAGAGGAUUGCCUACACUUUUUAAUUCUUUCAUCAAUAUUUUUGAGAGCAUUGCAAAUCGCCUACAUAUAUUGCCAAACAAGAAGAAGCCUCUAACCAUCCUUCAUGAUGUCAGCGGAGUCAUCAAGCCCCGACGGUAUAUCCAACAUUAA